GGAACACGACCCACAUUCCGCCGGUCUUGCCUUGACAGGCGUGACCCUAACCCAAUAAGGAUGGAGGACUGAAUCCAGCGGAGCCAAUGGCGAAAGUCCGAGGGGCGGUGGAGGCGGACUCUGCGAGGAAACAAGAAGACAGGCCCAAGAUGGAGGCGGCGGUGGCCGUAGCGGCGUGACAGACUAUCAUUACUGGACCUCUGAAUUCCUCCUGUGUUCUAGGAGCCCCAUGGCACCUGCUCAGCCCCGCCUCAGCCCGUCUUGACAAAGUCCUAGGCUCCAUGGAGCCGCCACGGGGCCCCCCUGCCAACGGGGCCGAGCCAUCCCGGGCAGUGGGCACUGUCAAAGUAUACCUGCCCAACAAGCAACGCACGGUGGUGACUGUCCGGGAUGGCAUGAGUGUCUACGACUCUCUAGACAAGGCCCUCAAGGUACGGGGUCUCAAUCAGGAUUGCUGUGUGGUCUACCGGCUCAUCGAGGGGCGAAAGACAGUCACCGCCUGGGACACGGCCAUUGCCCCGCUGGAUGGAGAGGAGCUCAUCGUAGAGGUCCUUGAAGACGUCCCACUGACCAUGCACAAUUUUGUACGGAAGACGUUCUUCAGCCUGGCGUUCUGUGACUUCUGCCUUAAGUUUCUGUUCCACGGCUUCCGCUGCCAAACCUGUGGCUACAAGUUCCACCAGCAUUGUUCCUCCAAAGUCCCCACAGUCUGUGUUGACAUGAGCACCAACUGCCGACAGUUCUACCACAGUGUCCAGGAUUUGUCCGGAGGCUCCAGACAGCACGAAGCUCCCUCACACCGCCCCCUGAAUGAGCCGUUAACCCCUCAGGGUCCCAGCUCCUGCACCCAGCACCGCGAGCCUGAGCACUUUCCCUUCCCCGCCACUGCCAACGCCCCUCUCCAGCGCAUCCGCUCCACGUCCACUCCCAACGUCCACAUGGUCAGCACCACAGCCCCCAUGGACUCCAGCCUUGUCCAGCUCGCCGCCCCGAGUUUCAGCACCGAUGCUGCCGGUAGUAGAGGUGGUGGCGAUGGAGCCCCCCGGGGGAGCCCCAGCCCGGCCAGCGUGUCCUCGGGGAGGAAGUCUCCCCAUUCCAAGUCCCCGUCAGAACAGCGGGAGCGGAAGUCCGUGGCCGAUGACAAGAAGAAAGUGAAGAAUCUGGGGUACCGGGACUCGGGCUAUUACUGGGAGGUGCCGCCCAGUGAGGUGCAGCUGCUGAAGAGGAUCGGGACAGGCUCGUUUGGCACCGUGUUUCGCGGGCGGUGGCAUGGCGAUGUGGCCGUGAAGGUGCUCAAGGUGGCCCAACCCACAGCUGAGCAGGCCCAGGCCUUCAAGAACGAGAUGCAGGUGCUCAGGAAGACACGGCAUGUCAACAUCUUGCUGUUCAUGGGCUUCAUGACGCGGCCGGGCUUCGCCAUCAUCACGCAAUGGUGCGAGGGCUCCAGCCUCUACCACCACCUGCAUGUGGCCGACACGCGCUUCGACAUGGUCCAGCUCAUUGACGUGGCCCGGCAGACUGCCCAGGGCAUGGACUACCUCCAUGCCAAGAACAUCAUCCACCGAGAUCUCAAGUCUAACAACAUCUUCCUACAUGAGGGGCUCACAGUGAAGAUCGGUGACUUUGGCCUGGCCACGGUGAAGACACGAUGGAGUGGGGCCCAGCCCUUGGAGCAGCCCUCAGGCUCCGUGCUAUGGAUGGCAGCUGAGGUGAUCCGUAUGCAGGACCCGAACCCCUACAGCUUCCAGUCGGAUGUCUACGCCUAUGGGGUCGUGCUCUAUGAGCUCAUGACCGGCUCGCUGCCUUACAGCCACAUUGGCAGCCGUGACCAGAUUAUCUUUAUGGUGGGCCGUGGCUAUCUGUCCCCGGACCUCAGCAAAAUCUCCAGCAACUGCCCCAAGGCCAUGCGGCGCCUGCUGUCUGACUGCCUCAAGUUCCAGCGGGAGGAGCGUCCCCUCUUCCCCCAGAUCCUGGCCACCAUUGAGCUGCUGCAGCGGUCACUCCCCAAGAUUGAGCGGAGUGCCUCUGAACCCUCCUUGCAUCGCACCCAGGCCGAUGAGCUGCCUGCCUGCCUGCUCAGCGCAGCCCGCCUUGUGCCUUAGGCCCUGCCCCCAGCCACCAGGGAGCCAAUCUCAGCCUGCCACACCAAGGAGCCCUGCCCACCAACCAAUCAAUGUUCUGUUUCCGCCCCGAUCACUGCCUCAGGAUCCCCCAUCCCCGUCCUAGGAGAUGAGUGGGUCCCCAUGUGCUUUUCCAGUUCCUCUGGAAUUGGGGGCCCCCCCCAAAGACCGAGACCCCUGCUGCCUCCAUGAUUUGGUUUCCUCUUGGCUUUGGGGAUACUUCUAAAUUUGGGAGCUCCUCCAUCUCCAAUGGCUGGGAUUUGUGGCAGGGAUCCCACUCAGAACCUCUCUGGAAUUUGUGCCUGAUGUGCCUUCCACUGGAUUUUGGGGUUCCCAGCACCCCCUUUGGAUUUGGGGGGCCCCCUCUGUGUCUUCCCCACCAUUCAAGGACCCCCCCCCCCCCCGUCCACCAAGAAGCACAGAAUUCUGCUGGGCCUUUGCUUGUUUAUUUUGCUUCCCGACUCUUCUCGUGGGGUUCAGAGCCGCUGAAGGGUGGGGGUGAGUCCAGGCAAGGAGUGGUUGGGGGCGAAGUGCGGACCACACAAACAGCGCCACUGCACGCAUCACCACAGGCGGCACGAGGAACGAAGACCACGUAUGCCAAGCACGGCACAAGAGGAGGCCACGUCAGUCACAGACACAGACAUCACAGCAAAGGUGGGGAAGCGGAGGACCACUGGCCCUCCAUGUGCAAAGGAUUCUGGGAGGAUGGGUGGAGUUUGCAUAUUUAAAGAUAGCUGUCAGAGGCAGGAAAGUGGGAGUAUGGGUCCCUGGGGAACAGAAGGGUCCUAGCAGUGGGAGGGCCUCCCAAUGUGUUGAAUGGGGCUGGGGGCGGGUAGGAGAAAUCCCUGCGGGGCAUCUGACGAGGUGGCUCUCCAGAGAUGGGAGAUCCGUAGAAAGGGGCUCCAAGGCAGGGGUUUCUUAAGGAUUUCGGAAAUUCUGAUGGGGAACACGGCGCACUUGAGAGAUCUGGGACCAGGAGAACGGUUUUCCAAGAAUUUCAGGGCUCCAGGAGGGGCCUUAGCGGUGUCAGGGCCAGAACGGGUUGCCUGGUGUUUGGGAGCUUCUGGGAAGGAAAGUGCACUCCGGGGCGGCCGGGAGUAGAGGUCUUUGGGAGUUUGGAGGUUCUACAACUGAAAAGUAAGUCUUGAGGUGGCCGGGAGUGGUUUUUUAAAAGGACUUGGGGAUUCCAAAAGUGAGAACUGGUGUUAGAAGCAGGAGUGAGGGGUUCCCCAGGGACUUGGGCAUUCCGCGGAGUGAGAAGAGGGAUCUUGGCGGACCAGGAGAGGGCUUCUCAAGAGAUUUGGAGACUCCAAAAGUGAGAAAUGGAUUCAGGGCCCAGAGGGGGGUUGCCCAGGAGGAAUUA